GCGACCUCCCUCUCUUUUAACGGGAAGGGAUUCGAAUGUUUCCUUUGCCAUCGGGAGUUCGAGGCUCUUAGAGGCCUCAAUGAUCACCUUGCCAGCGCGGUACACGAUGACAAGAUCUACAUGUGUCCCAAGCAAUGGGAGGGAUGUGGUAAAGAAUUCAGCGCCCUCAGUGUUCUCUGUCAUCACGUCGAGAGCCAGAAAUGCGGUAUUCGUAGGUUCAAC